UCGUUCAAAUGUUUCGGCCAUAAAUGAAUAAAACUUGAGAUCGUUGACAUAUUUUGAAUGGAAAGUAACCUGAUGGAUUCAGCAAUGUUCUAUGUGUCGGAUUUUCGGUGGAGAAAAUCAACAUUCUUUUAGAAGGAGCCGUAAAAAGAAAAUUUAAGCUGGAAAAUAGUUAUCCAGUAUAUCGAAAGCAUCACAGGAUAAUUAGUUUAAUUAUGUCUGCUGAAUUUAAUUCUGAGACUACUGAGAAAACCAGGAAUUUGAUACAAUUACUCAGACAACUGCAUUUGGAGCUCUGUAAAGUUGGCUGGGAUUUAAAUAAAAUAUAUGGACUGCAAAUAACAAUGUCAGUAGUGACAAACAUAAUUUUCCUGAUUAUCUAUUUACACUACCUAUUCAGGGAAAUUUUACAUACUAAAGAAUACAAUUAUAGAAUGAUUUAUUCAUCAAUAUGCACAGCAAGUUCGGCCGUAAUAUGUUUCUUCAGAGUCACGCACCUUAAUAUUGUUUGUGGAAACGUAGCUAAAAAAGCUCGAAGGGCAAAUGAGAUUAUUUUUGAACUCAAUAAAGGAAACGAGAAUAAAGAACUAACCGAAGAGAUUGAGCAAUUUGCAAUGCAAAUUGACCAGCGACCCUUGACCUUCUCCAUGUGUGGAUUAUAUACACUAGAACAUAAAUUUAUUGGAAGUGUGCUGACAACAGCAGUAACAUAUUUGUCCUUUCUGAUACAAAUUGGACCGAUAUACGAAGAAUCGAGAGGAUACCAAAGUUUAAAUGAAACUUUUGAAAAUCUUUGAUUAAAAACAACAAGUUUUAAUAGAAUUAUUUAAGUCUAACAUUUUUCUUGCGGAUUUCAUCAAAUUGAAAAGUCAGCAUCGUGUGUUAUUAUUAAUAAUUAAAUUUAUUGUACAAUUCUAUCCUAUUAAUAUACAAAACUAUAAUUUUUGGUUACAUAUACAUAAUAUGUAAUAACA